AUGCCUUACAUGACCAAUGGCUACAAGGAGAAGAGGAUUCCAACUGUGUACCAGCAGCACAGCUGGACAAGACCGUUCCCCCAUCAUUAUGUAAAUAUUCUUAAUUUUCUUUUUGCUGUUGAAAACAUUAACAAUAAUCCAGACAUUUUACCAAAUAUUACACUUGGAUAUCAUCUAUACGAUUCUUGUUCAGAUCCAAGGAAAGCUGUGAAAAGUGUUUUACAAAUUUUAUCUGGACCAAAGAAGACCAUCCCUAAUUAUUCCUGCACGGAACGUGACAAAGUGGCAGGUUUUAUUGGAGACCAUUAUUCAGUCACCACUGUACCCAUAGCACAAAUACUCGGUAUAUACGGCUAUGCACAGAUUAGUUAUGGAGCAACUGACUCGUCCUUAAGCGACAGACGUCUGUAUCCACAUUUCUUCCGAACUGUUCAGAAUGAUCAUGCUCAUUACCUGAUAAUAGCCAAGAUUCUGAAAUUCUUUGGCUGGACCUGGAUUGGGAUAUUGGCAUCGGAUGAUGAUGCUGGAGAAAAAGAGAGCCUCAUCCUAACAAAGUACAUGGCCCAGUAUGGCAUAUGUGCUGCCUUUACAAUAAAACUCAACAUAGGUUUUCUGCAGCAGAAAAAAAGUGAACUAAGGAUUAUACCACAAUCACGAUGUUCUUCUAAAUGUUUACCCGGAGAAAGAAAAGUUGCAAUGUCUACAAUACACACCUGUUGUUAUAACUGCGUCCCAUGCUCAGAGGGGGAAAUAUCCAAUGUAUCUGACAGUGAAAACUGCAUAAAAUGUCCAGAAGAUCAAUGGCCAAACAAGAAGAAAGACAAAUGCACUCCCAAGAUGAUCGAGUUUCUAUCCUACAAGGAUGACCUGUUGACUUUCAUCUCUGCAUCAGCUUCACUUCUGUUAUGUUUUGUGGCUGGUCUAAUACUAUUAGUGUUUACUUUAUUUUGGGAUACACCAAUAGUCAGAGCUAAUAACAGGAGCCUCAGCUUCAUUCUUCUGUUCUUUAUCAUGUUGAGCUUCCUUUGUGUGUUUCUGUUUCUCGGUCGUCCGGUGGAUAUAACAUGCAUGCUCCGUCAUACUUCUUUUGGAAUCAUCUUCUCGGUGGCUGUAUCAUGUGUGCUGGCCAAGACAUUAAUGGUCUGUAUUGCUUUUAAAGCCACAAAACCUGGAAGUGCAUGGGACAAAUGGGUCGGAGUCAGACUACCUAAUUCCACCGUCAUCCUUUGCUCAUCUGUUCAAGUUAUAAUUAAUAUUUGUUGGUUAGCUAUUUCACCCCCAUUUCAGGAGCAGGAUCUGUACUCCCAUAAAGGAAAAAUCAUCAUUCAGUGUAAUGAAGGUUCAGUCAUUGCCUUUUACUCUGUCCUGGGUUAUAUGGGAUUUCUGGCUGCUGUUUGUUUUAUUAUAGCUUUUUUAGCCAGGUCAUUACCGGACAGUUUUAAUGAGGCCAAGUACAUCACCUUCAGCAUGCUGGUGUUCUGCAGUGUUUGGAUUGCAAUGAUCCCGGCCUAUCUGAGCACCAAAGGGAAAUACAUGGUAGCUGUAGAGAUUUUUGCUAUAUUGAUGUCAAGUUCUGGACUUUUAAGCUGUAUAUUUUUUCCUAAAUGCUACUUAAUUCUAUUUAGACCUGAAACGAACACAAAGACAUAUGUGCUCAAGUAUAUGAAAACAUAG